CAUCGCUCAGUGCUGCAUAAUUCUAAAUCUGUGAACGGAAUUUAUCAUUAAUGAGCAAUAACAAUACGCAAUAAUCUACCUAAAAAUCUUCCAAUAAUUUCCUAUGUUAGUAAUACUACGUGGAAAUUUAUCGACAAAAAUGUUCAAUUUUUUUCUGUAAUUAUCUCGUAACUCAUUAAAUUUUUCAGUUACGAAACAAGAGAACUCAUAAGUUUAUGGAUUUUUUACUUAUUAUAAUUAAAAAUUUUGUAGUGAGUGUUGCGAAUGUGAAUUCACAGUAAUUCACAGUGGAACGCGGGAAUCUCCAAGUCAAAAAUUCCAAAUGAAUAAUUGGAUAAUAAACAAUUUUAUGUAACAGUAAAUUGCAAAUGAUUUUGAAGAAAAGGUGAAGAUCAUGGACACAACGAUAUUUACUCGUGAAUAAACUGAAGGUAUUGAAGUGAGAAGUAGUGGAAUAGUGAAUCAUUAAUGAAUAAUGCAGUAAUAGUGAUUGAAUGAUCAACGUGAAAGAGUUGUCAAGAGUUAAGUGUCUUUUCCUGGAUUGUUGACGUACCGGGGCUUUCCAGAUGUUAAUCCCUGGCUUUCCUGCAUCUGAAAAUAUUUGUGAAUGAAUCUGCCAUUUAUGAGAGAUUGUUGGGAAGAUCCUCUUCAAAAAGCGUUUUGAUGGGAUGAUACGGCGGAUCUGAUGAAGGUUUAUCACAUUGAGCCGCCCCUGUGCGAUUUUUUAUCGUUCGAACCAUCGGAAAAGUAUGGAAUUGAGUUGAAGAUGAUAAGCGAUCAGUAUAUAUCAGUAAAGGAAUGCAAACACUUUUAAAAUGUCGCACGAUUUAAUUAAUCACGAAGAAAUGCACUCGUUGAGCACUUCCCUAAUGUCACCAAAUACUCCACCCGAUGAGGACACUAAACUCAGACAGGACAGUAUCACGAACAUAUCCGAGAUAACCGGAACGAAAUCCAAUAAAUCAACUCAAAUAGACUUUUCUCAGUACAAUUGGAAAUAUGGAACCGGUCGCCCUGUGAAGCCACGACCCCUGAGUGCUGGAUUCACAAAGCCAAAAACCAAUAAAAUUUUCAGCUCAAAUCCCUCUAUCAGUAGUCCCACCAGGAGUCCCCUACAGUCUUCCCAGAGCGAAGUUACCCUGUCACCGAGACGAGUGGCCACCAAAUUUGUGGCUAUCGAUGUAAAAUCUUCCCCGAGUCCUCCUUACAGUCCUUAUGCCGCUAGUAAUUUAUCAAUGGGUAAUUCACCCUGUAAUUGCUGCUGUAAUUGUAAUGGUAAGGCUAAGGGGGAGGGACUACCCGUGAAUGAGCAUGAUGGACCUCAGGGACUGAGCUGGAGGAGACUCCACAUGAGCAGGGCCAAACUCAAGGCCACAGCGACAACUUCAGAGCUACUCAGUGGAUUUGCUAUGGUAGCAAUGGUCGAGCUGCAGAUAAACGAAGGGACAGCAGUUCCCGAGUGGCUCUUCGUAAUGUUUGCAGUGUGUACAACAGUGCUUGUGUCAGUUCACAUAUUCGCUCUAAUGAUAAGUACAUAUUUACUGCCAAAUGUCGAGGCAAUUAGUAAGCUUCAAGUGUCAAAGUUGAUAACAGAGUCACCCCACGAACGGAUGCGAGGAUUCAUCGAGCUCGCCUGGGCCUUUUCCACGGUCCUCGGACUGUUUCUCUUCCUUGUCGAAGUGGCGAUACUGUGUUGGGUAAAAUUCUGGGACUACUCCUUCAUGGCUGCCAUGACAAGCACAAUAAUCGUCAUUCCGGUGUUAAUUAUUUUUGUUGCAUUUGCGGUACACUUUUAUCAUUCACUCGUUGUGUAUAAGUGUGAGGCCUCGGUGGAGGACAUGGAGGAGUUGGAGAGAAUUAAAAAAAAAUUGGAUAAAGCUACCGUAGGCCAGACCCCUGUUUAAUUUUGUUAAGUAGUUUCGUGAAAUAAAUUGCAAAUUCAUGAAACUAAUAGGAUCGUUUUGAAUAAUUUUUUUCCUUGCAAAUAUCUUUGUAACUUCUAUUACCUCGUAACAUUCCUACCGAAAAUAUUCCCAAGAAAUGCGCAAGUCGUAAAAAAAUGACAACUAAUUAGUAGAACACAUAAUUGUCAACUAGUAAACACGUGUCACGCUGGUGCGUGAAACAGUUUUAUUUCCAAUUUUUAUCGAUGUUUUUUUUUUAUAUAAAAAAAUGUACAUGGCUGUACACAUGCAAGAAGUUGCAACAGUACAAGCGAGUGCUCUUACAAUUAUCAAUUAAUGUUAUUUAGUUUUUAAUCAAUAGUUACAUUCUAUUUAAGAUGCACCUUUUGCAAUAGUAUUUCUUCUGAAUGUUGUUGGUUUUUUAAUGUCAUUUUCUUCACUUUUUCAAUUGUAAGUUUUCUUCUAUAUGUAUAGACUCUUCAUGUUAUACAUAAUCUCUCUUCCGGAUUUUUCAUGUAUCGAGAAUUAUCGGGGUCAACCACUCCGGUAUAAAUUAAACAUUUUAUUGUUCUAUUCAUCUUGAAAAAUGAUUAUUUUCAGUUAUAUCACUCGUUUCGAUUUGAAGACAAACCCGCAAGAGAGAAUGAUUUUUCUUUUUAUUCUUCUUUUUAGUCUUAUCAAAGAUAAUGCAUACAGUAUUAUGACUUUGUUUUUUUUCUUCCUUGUAAAACAUAAAUUGAAAUAGAAAAAAAUCAGAGUGGAAAUCGCAAGGGGUUUCAUUCAUGCCUGUGAUUCUGAUUUAUUAAUAUAAUUGUAAUAAAUAAAUGAGUGAAUCAUUACAA